AGACAAGCCUAUCAUUAUAACAAAGAGUACUAGUAUUUAGGAUACGGAUACCCGAAUAUGGUUUCUCAAACAGGACCAACACCUCAAGAUACACUUUAAGAUCUAAAGACAUGGACUUUAAUAUGAUUUUUUUCUACAUCGUCUCAAUAAUUAGGGUCGAUUCGAUUUGUCAAUUUCAAUGAACAAGAUCAACGCUUUGUGAAGACUGCGUAAGUCUGUAAAACAAACGCGGUAAAUCAACAUUUUGAACAUCAAAACAUUUCAAAACGUACAAUACAGCUUCCGACCUGCCGGAGUCACGUUUUCGCAACAUCAAGGAUUCGUACAGCAUCAUCGGGUAUUGAAGAAUCGUUGCCACGGCAACAUAGCUUCUCGGAAGGACAAAGUGCCAAGUAGAACGUCAUCAAUAAGAUGUAAUAAUUACUGAAUAAUUGCUAUAUCGAUUUGUUUUGAGUCUAGGAUUCGUGUGAAAAGAUGAGAGUUCGUCUCACAGUCAGAGCAGGUGUGUGAGAGAGGAUCCUUCCGGCGGGGGAGAGAGGGCCCGCAGUUUCGUAGAAUGCUUCGCGACAGGCCUAAUGGGUAUUUUUUUUCUUUGAAUAGUCGAUGAAGCGAAAAACAAUUUUCACACAGAUAAAUGUUUCUUUUCCUUAUAACAAUGAGUCAUCUCGCCUUCAAGUGAUACCUUUUUUCCGCCAACCGUCUUUUAAUGAAUUCAGUGCGCUCGGUUUCGGAAUACCCGGCCCUCCACAGAAUUAUUGGAAUCAUAAUUAUAUAUCAAUUGAAAACUUUCAUUCAUAUCUGUUGCUGCGCAUCGAAGAUGUCGUGCGAGAAUUACUGUUUUUCCUUUGGAUGUAUUCCUCAUCAUCGUAAACUUAGCUUGAUUAAGUGUGAUUGGAAACAUAUCUAACUGAAAAGAUUAAGAACUGAAAAGGAGGAAAACAAACAUUUGCCACUUGCUAUUGCUAUGAAUUUAUCUUUUAAAUCGGUAACUUUCUGAGGUUGUGGUACCAACUUUGGUCGAUGGUCAAAAUGAGCGGUGUCCGGAAGAAAAGAUGGAAAGGCCCUCUACCGGUCAGUGCUAUACAGGGAGUUCUCCUCAAGGACAACCGUUUCGCUGGUAUGCUGCUGGAGGACCAGAUGAAACAAAUGACAAUAGACCGGAGGCGAGCGAAAAACCUGCUAGACUGGCAGCAACAGUCGUUUUUAUUGAGUCAAGCAAUCAAGGAAACGGAACUACGAGAGAUGGGUGUAAACCACACGUCAUUCUUGCCAGAGGUCACGAUGAAGGUAACAGAACCAGCCGUCAGGGCCAGGCGUCCUUUUGGGAAGGUUCGCCGAUCUGCGUCACAGAUGCUCGAAGACUUAAACAUGUUUGAAAAACGGUUCUCGCUUCCCGAUCUAACGACUCGAAGGAGUCGAACCUUACCCGAGUUUUCUGUCUCCGCGCCAUCUCUGACCAAACGGAAGACAACCCGUGAUGAGGAAAUUUUGUCUACGCAAGGCGCCCCCGUUGAAACCACUCGCUCAAAUUUCACCCAGCUACACGGUAUUGAUCUACGCAUCCCUGGGAAAAGUAAAACUGAAAUCGAGUUUAGACCGAGAAGGAAACAGUCACAAGCAGCUGCAGCUAGUCGGAUGUGCGGGGACCAUUUACCACUCUACGGACCCGAGGCCGAGGCGGAGCGAGAGGAGAAGGAAAAGCAGUACGUCAGAAACCUGCAGCGCAAAAUGAGAGAGCUAAAAGUCGACGAAGAUGAUCGCUUUAAGCGACUGGAGAUGAGUCUAGUCCGUGAUUCACCGGACCCGAAUGAGUCGGAUGAUAGACUGAAAAUUUCAGGUUUGGAAAAACUUGUGGCGCCGGCUGGAAAUAAAGAAAACACUGGAGGACCAGAAUCAACUGUUAGAUCCGACCUUCCAGACUUUUCUGACAGCGAUGGGGGUUCUGAGAGUGAAGAUGAAAAGUCGCCCCGCACAGAAUCCAACGUAUCGAAUUUGUCACGAUUGUCCACAAAGUCAUCCACAUUUUUUAAGUAGACCCAAACCAUGGAAAACUCAGUCAGCUUUAUAUUCACGAUGCGAAAUUGUUAUUUAAUAAACUGAAAUAUUACAUACAUUUUUUCCGAGACCAACAGCCUGUUACUGGUGGGACCUGCUCCGUCUAAAGAAACGUUACCAGUAAUGUAAUGAGAAAUACUGCAAAAUAUAUAGUGACACGUCAUUGUUGUCGCAAACUGUUCCUACUCCUAUAAAUUUUCGGUCAUGUUGAUCGGAAAUCCAGUCCGUCAGAUGAAAAAUGACCCCGAACGAACUCUAAAUUGACACAGAAAGUGCAAGACCGGAUCCCCCCCCAAAAAAAAAAAAUUAAAAAAAAAAUGCAGAGGGGAUGGACUGCCGGACCUCGUGGAUACAAUUCUUCAAUGUAAAUGGCGUUAUUAUAAGAUGAGAUGAUAGAAGGGAUGCAAGAUUAUAGGCUAUCAUAUUUUUAAUGAUUAGACACGUGUUUUUAUUUCAUGCGAUAGUCAUAGCGCCUUUCCUCUUGAUUACAAAGCGCUGCAAAUGCACGUACUAUAUGCUCCAUGCAUGUUUGGGCCACUAAACAAUAAUUCAACUCCACAUAAUGUUCACCUGCAUGUAGAAACUUAAAUUAUUAUUUCGUCAGGCCUUAAUGAGAAGAUGAAAAUGCAUGAAGAUAUACGGUUCAAAGCAAUUAGUUUUCGUCAUGUUAAGGGAUGAUUUAAUACCAUCUAAAAAUCCAUCCAGGAACGAACACCAAAGCUAGAUACAUUUUUAUGAGAAGAAAUAUGUAUGAUGUUAGUAUUUUCCCCAGAAUAAUCUCCAUUUACUUAACUAGAACAAUGACAGCGUACUUCUGCUGAGGGAGAUCGAUAGACUCUAAAGAAUAAAGAUAUUGAUUUAUUUCUUUUCAAUAUUAAUGUUCUUUUAAAAUUGAAGGGAAAGAAUGCGAAAUCUGCUAUUAGACUGUAGCAUUAUUUGUGCGUGAAUUUAUGAAAUAAUAUUUUCGAUGUUUACAUUGAAAAAAAAAUAUAUAUGGAGGUCAUCAAUACCUUAUCGCUAUCGUUUGUCAUGUUUGUGUUGUUGGUGUGAAAGUUUUUGCUUCAUGAGAGUAACUUUAUUUUGUAAAUGUUAAGCAUCAUUUAGGUAAGUUUUUGCAAAAUAAACUUUAUAUAUAUUUCAUUUUACUGAAACUGUAU